AUGUCGGCGAUUCGAAUUCGGGAAUCCGGGACCGCCAUAAGCGAUCGUCUUGAAGUCAUUCUGACUGCUUCUGCCUGUGGUCAAGGAGUCGGAUACAACAAUGCACUUGAAUUGUCACGGUUGGCGGUGAUUCGGCUCACACUCGCCAAGGAUACUUAUUUGUAUUACACGCACUACUUCGAGGACGCCUCGACCAUCAAGCUUCUGGUUGCUGCCAUAUGGAUUCUUGAUACCCUACAUGUCUCAUUCAUGUGUCAUAUGCUGUGUUACUACCUGAUAACCAAUUACUGCGUUCUUACGAGUUUAGAGUUUAUUGUGUGGUCAUUCCCAGCAUCAGUUCUAGUGAACCUACUUGUUAUUACUGUAGUUCAACUCUUCUCUGCACAUAAAAUAUAUUCCCUUUGUCGCCCUAAACUGAAGUGGUUGGUGACUGUCCCAAUUAUGUUAUUAAUACUGGUCGACUUCGGGUUUGAAAUGGCGAUGAUCGCUUCGAUGUUGGCCGACAAUGAAGUCCGCAUUGCUAUGCAGAUCAAGUCUUCCGUUGUGAUACCCUUUGGGGCCUUCAACAUACUGACUGAGGGUCUGAUUGCGAUGUCACUCUCUUUACUUUUAUAUGAGCGUAGCUCACACUCCUCGUCCCCAAGGACAAAGCGUCUCCUGAAUACACUUAUCAUCUAUGCUGUUAACCGGUGUUUACUGACUUUAUUAGUCACCACUGCAGAGCUCGUCACGAGCAUUGGUCGCCAUUAUGCGUGGUCCAUGGCACUGGACUUCAUCAUUGGAAAGUUAUACACCAACUCGCUUCUGGCAUCGCUGAAUACCCGUCAACACAAUCGAUCCCAGGUUUCAGGCGCCGUGACUGAUCUACGUAUCAGAGCUAUCCGCUUCGCAAACCCACCACAACUUCCACAGAUCGCAGAGAUUUUCAAGAAUGGAGAAAGGCUUUUUGAUGUGUACGAAGUGGGUGUUAUCGACAUCACUGCCGUUCCGACAUGUGUUGAGAUGGCAGAAAUACGAACAAAGGGAGAGGUGUGA